GUUUUGAUUUGAUGAACAGAAACCAAUAAGUAGAUUGCCGCGUGGAGACGAAACAGCGACUCGAAGAGAAAGGGAACUCCAAAUCUUCGACCUCCGUUUUCUGGAGCGUCUGACGAACCCUUUCUACAAUUCUACUUCAAAUUUUUUCAUUGAAUCUUUCGAUUCAUUCUCCGUUUUCUGAAUUCGUUUCGGGUUCUCAUCUUUCUGUUUCAAUCUCUCUGGUUUCUCGACUUUUGAAGAUCGAGAGAGGAUUCUUGUUGCUUUGUAUCAACAAUGUUUAACAGGCUUUUUGGUAAACCUAAACAAGAAGCCAAUGCUUUGGCUACGUUGGAGAAGCUAAGCGAGACACUUGAAAUGCUGGAGAAGAAAGAGAAUGUUCUUGUGAAGAAGGCAGCUGCAGAGGUUGAAAGAGCUAAAGAAUUCACAAGAGUGAAGAAUAAACGAGCGGCUAUACAAUGUUUGAAGAGAAAGAGGCUAUAUGAACAGCAAAUAGAGCAGCUUGGAAAUUUCCAAUUGCGCAUCCAUGACCAAAUGAUUAUGUUAGAAGGGGCAAAAGCUACAACGGAGACUGUAGAUGCUCUAAGAACAGGAGCAUCUGCAAUGAAGGCCAUGCAGAAAGCAACGAAUAUUGAUGAUGUGGACAAGACAAUGGAUGAGAUCAACGAGCAGACUGAGAAUAUGAAACAGAUCCAGGAAGCGUUAUCAGCUCCAAUUGGUGCUGCAGCUGAUUUCGAUGAGGAUGAAUUGGAGGCAGAACUUGAAGAUCUUGAAAGUGCGGAGUUGGAAGAGCAACUUCUCCAACCAGCAUCAACAGCUCCAGCUGCACCUGUUUCAGUCCCGGCAGGCCGAGUUCCUGCACGCCCUGCUCCUCAAAAGAGAACUGCCGAAGAAGACGAACUCGCUGCUUUGCAAGCUGAGAUGGCACUCUAAUCAGGUAAAUGGGAUGGAUCAUACAUACAUUCAUUCAUAUAUGUCGUGGCUGACUGAUUGUGUGCAUCAUCAUCAUCAUCCAAAGAAAUCUUCUGACGAGUGUUUUUAUACGAAUUAUUAAUAUUCCCUGACGCAAGACGGUGUAUAUAAAGUCUGCUAAAUGAUUGGAAUUGUGAUUUACAUCUUUUUAUUUAUUUAUUUUCUAUUUUGCA